CCUUCUCACGGGCGCAAAAAGCGAUUCGUGCUGGUUUCGACCUGAUUUCUCGCGAUGCUGGCUACCUCGUCGAUGCCGAGGACAUACAGCUUGAGCAACAGCUCAUUCGAAAGCUGCUGUAAAGACCUACAGCACUGUCAACUUUUAUGGGGGGAGUUGCAAAGGCGUGGUUUGCUUUCUAAAAACAAACGCCCAUUCUCAUUUUUGGGUACGUUCCCAUUUUUCCCGCAAGGUGAGGCCGGCCUCGCGCUACAACCUGCAAACACACGGCGCGCGAUACCAUCGAGGCCAGGGUGAUUGACGAAGAUCUCUGCAAUGGAGACCUACAAGGAGGUGGCCAACGGUGUCGGGGACGCCGUGCUUAAUUGGGCUCGGAAUGGGCAAACUUCCGACGCAACAAAGGGGUGGUUCCUUACAGACUUCGCUACCGCGCUGGCUAUCGUGGGGGCGUAUCUCGUCAUGGUGACGGUCGGUCCCAAGGUCAUGGCCGACAUGAGCCCUAUCGACAGCUACCCUGUCCGGUUCGUCUACAACGUCGUACAGAUUAUCCUGUGCUCGUACAUGUGCGUCGAGGCCUUCAUGAUUGCGUACCGCAACGGAUACCCUGUCCUCCCUUGCGCCCCCUUCGACGCCGAGAACCCCCCCGCGGCCAACUUGCUUUGGCUUUUUUACGUCUCUAAGGUCCUUGACUUCAUGGAUACCAUUUUCAUCGUCUUGAAGAAGUCGUGGAGGCAGCUUUCUUUCCUGCACGUCUACCACCACUGCACCAUCUUCCUGUUCUACUGGCUAAACGUCAACGCCGGGUACGACGGCGACGUGUACCUAACCAUCGUCCUCAAUGGCUUCAUCCACACCGUCAUGUACACCUACUACUUCGUUAGCAUGCACACGAAGGAUAUCUGGUGGAAGAAGUACCUGACGCUCAUGCAGAUGAUCCAGUUCGUGUGCAUGACAACCCAGGCCCUGUACCUCUUGUCUACCGGGUGCACGAGCUACCCUCCCCGCAUCGUGGUCGUGUAUGCGGGGUACAUCCUUUCCCUGCUCUUCCUGUUCGCCCAGUUCUACGUCAACAGCUACACAAAGAAGCCCACCGCAAAGAACGCAUAGUACAGCAUCGUCGAGCGUCGCAAAACCCAGCGCAUGAGGGCGGACGAGCCUCCGGCGGCUGGUCGUUAGUGGUGUGUUUUCGACAUUUUUCGAAACGUUUGUGUGGGCGAUCGCCCCCUCAUUUCUUAAAGCGAGACCUGGUGUCGGCAAACUAGCCGGAGGAAAUACGAGCGAGUCCGCGCUUGCGAUAGUUUCACGACACGGGCCCCCGGCAGCUAAGCCCAGCUCUUGAGGUGUGCACAAUCGUAGCGUUCAUGAGAAAUAAGGCUACGGUGGGUUGGGGCGGGGGCCGUCGGGUUGAGAGUGAAAGUAACGGCGCGGGGUGUGGCGCCGAGGCUGGCCCUUCGUCGUUCGUGAAAGGGGGAAGAUUUGGUGGU